UAGGAUUCAGCGGUAGGAUUGCUAUAAAAAUAUCAAUAAUAAAUCUGAACUUUUUUAUCAUUCAGUAGUAGGAUUGGUAUGAAAAGAUCAAUAAAUGAUAAGAACAUCUUUAUCAAGCUAGGAUUCAGUAGUAGCAUUGAUAUGAAAAGAACAGUAAUAAAUUUGAACAUCUUUAUCAAACUGGUAUUCAAAAGUGACUUCAAAGUAACAUGAACAGUUCACAACCUGAAAAGCUAUGUAAUAAAUUUUGAAUAACAAAAUUAACAGCCUGAUACAAAAAUAUAGAAUAUGUUUGAUAAAAACAGUUAAAUGCUUGCAUGUAGGUUUUUGUCGUAAGUAUUUUGUACCAGCCUGACUUAUUUGAAAUGGAACUUUCAACAGAAUCAUACUUCAAAGCUGUUAAGUUGUUUAGAGUUAGUUCUUUUAGGUUGUGUAGACUGAGUUAUCUUUUUCUCCAGGUUAAAGCUUUGUCGUUUUCUGCUGGUGGCAACUACUUUGUUACGGUUGGGAAUCGACAUGUAAAGUUUUGGUAUCUUGAAUAUUCUCGUUCUACAAAGUACAAAAUGGAACCAGUUCCUCUGAUGGGGAGAUCAGCAAUAUUAGGUGACCAGAGGAAUAACUACUUUUGUGACGUGGCAUGUGGUCGAGGAGAUAUGGCAGACAAUACCUAUGCUAUAACUAAAUCAGGCCUCUUGUGUGUCUUUAAUAGUCGUCGUUUGUUGGAGAAGUGGGUUGAGCUAAGAACUACCAGUGCCAAUUGUAUAUGUGUAUGUGAAGAAUAUAUUUUCAUUGGAUGUGCAGAAGGGAUUGUCAGAUGUUUUAGCCCCUUCAAUCUUCAGUUUAUCUCAACACUACCUAAACCACACUAUCUAGGUGUUGAUGUUGCCAAAGGUGUCAUGGGAAGUCGUAUAAACUCUCAUCCAGCUGGUGCCAAGUAUCCUGAUACAGUAGCCAUAACUUUUGAUGAAACAUGCAGAAAGGUGACUUGUGUAUAUAAUGACCACAGUUUUUAUGUCUGGGAUGUAAAAGAUAUGAAAAAAAUAGGAAAAUCUCACUCAUCUAUGUAUCACAGUGCAUGUAUCUGGGGAGUCGAGACAUAUCCAGAGCAAUCAGACAAACAAAGAUCAGUGGUGCCACCUGGAACAUUUUUUACUUGCUCCAGUGAUGACACAAUAAGAGUGUGGAAUACAGAACACAAUCUAAACCAUAAUUCAAACUUUCAGAAGAAUAUUUAUAGUUCAGAUCUGCUGAAGAUUUUGUACACAGAUCCAGAUCUCACUUAUCUGUGUGAUGUGGAUUUUAAUCCAGCAGGAAGCAAUGACAAAGUAGAUACAACAUACGAUGGAAAAAAUGGAGUCCGAUGUCUUCGCAUCAGUCACAAUGGUCAUCACUUAGCUGCUGGGGAUCGUUCAGGAAACAUUAGAAUCUGUGAUCUUCAAAUGAUGGAGGUUUCUUGUAAACUAGAAGCUCAUGAUUCUGAAGUGCUGUGUUUAGAAUAUUCUAAGCCUAUUAAUGGGAGGAGAUACUUAGCAUCUGCAAGUAGAGACAGAUUGAUACAUGUAUUUGAUGUCAAUCACGGUUAUUCCUUUCAACAAACUUUGGAUGAUCAUUCCUCUUCUAUCACUGCAAUUCGAUUUGUCCAAACUGCCAGUCAGCAUCAGAUGAUUUCCUGUGGAGCAGAUAAAUCAAUCAUUUUUAGACGAGCUCAACUUGCUCCUCAGUUAUCAUUUGUGAGGGAACAUCAUGUGGUGGGUAAGACUACACUUUAUGACAUGGAAGUAGACAACACCCAGCAACAUAUCUUAACAGCAUGCCAGGAUCGCAACAUCCGUGUAUACAGUGUCAACAGUGUUAAAAAUACACGCAGCUUCCGUGGAUCCCAGGGAGAAGAUGGAACACUUAUUAAGCUUAUGCUAGACAAUACGGGAACCUACUUAGCCACCAGCUGUACCAAUAAGAGUUUGUAUAUCUAUGACUACUAUAGUGGAGAAUGUGUGGCAUCCAUGUUUGGUCAUUCAGAGCUGGUCACUGGACUUAAGUUUACCAAUAAUGGGAAACACUUGAUAUCAGUGUCAGGAGAUGGAUGUAUCUUCCUAUGGAAGCUUCCAGUUGAGAUAACACAGGCUAUGUUGUCACGACAGAACCUUCCUGAAACCACAACUCUCCCCAGUGUUUGGCAGGAUGGAAGGAGGAGUGCUGUUGCUGUCACCAAACCACUACAGACUCUGGAAAAAGAGGCUGAAAAGGCAGAAAUGAACAAUAAUAAUUUCUAUCCUGAUGCACAAAAGAAUAAUAGGGAAGAUAUGGAGGAAAAUACCCCUGGUUAUCGGUUCAGUAUGGGGCAGCUACCAUUCUGGGCCAAGAAACAGAUGUUUGAGGACCUCAGUGAUACUAACCGUAACAUAGAACAACGAAAUCCACCUCCUGUUCAACCUCGUGGCCGCUGGGCACAGAGAUUGGAUGGACAGGGUUUGAUUGUAAAAUCCUACCUUAACUCUGAUUCAGUCAUACCUUUCCCAAACAUUCCAAAUAAACAAGGGGAACAGAAUAUCUCUGCUAUUGAAUUCAGAUAUCGAAAAGAGUCCAUCACAAAACAAAAACAGGAUGGUAGAUAUGAAGGAGAUUUUGAGGUGUCUGAAGAAAGCAUGCAGGAAACCCAGAGUGGCAGCUACCAGAAGCAGGUCACCUUGAAACUAGGAAAAGAGACUGACCGAGUGAUCUCCCCAUUGGGAGGAAAGAAAGAUGCAAGAGCUCGUCAUCCAACAGAUUCAAGUAGUGCCAGUAGUCUGAAGCUAGAGGAUGUAGAGGCUGAGGAUGAACGAUCUGAUACAGAAGGUAGUGAAACUGUCUAUUACCUCCAGUCAGAGGACAUUUCAGAGAUGGGAGACAGGUGUUUCCAUGUCAACACUACAAAUGAAGAUAACUUGCGAGAAAGCAGAAAAAAACAAAGACGACCCUCAAAAACGGAAAGAUUUCGAGACAUUCCUGUUAUCAAUGCCCCAGAUUACAAUGAGCUUAACAGUGAUGAUGAAGAUUCAGGAACUCCAGUUGAUGAGAACCGCUCCAUUCUUCAUUCCUUCAGUAUCAGCACUGAAAACUUAGAGCGUUUGGGAAAAAGAGAAAAGUACAUGAAGAGUAAUUAUGAAAGCUUGGAGAAGGGUCCUGUAGACAGCCAUACAGAAAAUGCAGUAGACAGUGAUACAGGAUAUAUGCCACGGCACAGCAUAUCAGCCAAGUUUUUAGCACGUUCACUACAUACAGCAUUAGUUCGACCAACUAACUCAGAGACAGAGAAAGAAAAAACCUCAGACCGUCAGAAAACUGACAUUAAGCCAAACAAAAGAGAAGAGCUGACUAAAGCUUUAAAUGAGGCUCGAAAGAAGCUAGAAACUCUUGGUUGGAAAGGCGGUCUAAGCACCAGUAAAAGUAUGGGAGAUCUUCAUAAUGCCACAGGCAAUGAGACAACAGUGAAACCUAAAACUGAACCUUCUACAGAAAACUCGAUCCGUAGGACUGCAUCAAUUAGUGACUUAAGCACCCCAAGCUCAGCACGCCGUAGACUUCUCCCUACUGCACCCACUCCUAAAAGCUUAGCAGUAUCCCAGUCUUCUACAGCUCCUCUUUGGGCUCAAGCAAAAACACAGUCAGGUGAUCAGAACUCCAAUAGAUUACUCUCACCUUGGAAUAACAUGCCUCGCAGUGCUAGUAUGAGCUCCCUUCAAGGAGAAGAAAAAGUUUCCACUUCUGGGUCACCUCUACUGAAGGUUCCAUCAACUCAUACUUUAGCCAAGGUGUCUGGAACUCCUCGUCGCUCAGGUGUAGUAGCUUCUCCACUGUCCAAAGCUCCAUCCACUUCCAGUGUCAGUGCCUUAGGAAGGUCUGUACCAAAUCUUCCACCACCACGUAGGUUGUCACUCCGUGGCUUGGAACCUUUAAAACUUCCUCCUGAUUCCACUUCCUCUGAUAGUUCACCUACAGAACCUCAAUCUUCCCAUCCUGUCAUGAGGGUGGUCUCUGUUGGGCGAGAGAGAAGCCUCAGUUCCAGUGAAUUUGGAAAGGGAAGAGGAUACUCUCCUGAAUCUAAUAGAUUGUAUAACACACUUACACCUCGUAAAAUCCAGCCUACUAUUGACCCAUCUAGAUCUAAAAGUGAACGAGACCUUAGCCGUUUGGGAAAAGACAGUGGGUAUGAUACCAGUACUAGCACACAAGCUAAGGUGGAACCAAUGUUAUCAGUGUUGCCCAUAGUAAAUGAUGAGGAUGGUGUAAACAUUAAUGGAAUUAUUCCAGAGGAAGUGUCUUCAACACGUGGAGAGAGAGGUUUUGUUUUACUUUCUGAUGCAUCAUCCAUACCAUUAACCCAAGACUUGUGUGUUAAGGUUGCAGAUGAACUCAGAAGAGUCACCAACUAUGCCAUUCAGAUAUUUCAAAGGGUAACAUUAGACACAGACCUUCCAUCAGCAGACAAGUCUGCCAUGACCACGACUUUAGCUCAAGGAGUUCUUCAGGCUCAGCAGAAUCUGCGGCCAGCUGUUCCUCCGAUGCCUCUGUGGAAUCCUUCUAGUAACUCAUUAGACACUAUAACUUCACAUGGAACUGCUAAACGAGUAUCCAUUAAUUCUCCCAGUUUAGUGGCUUCAGAUUUUGUGCAGCAGACCACAGGGAAGAAACUGGAGCCCACAAACCAACCAGAAAUAGUUAAUGCCAUGACUCUCCUUCAACAAUACUCAGACAAACUUCUCAACCUAGUGGAGCAAAGAAUGAAUCAGAGUGGUGGUCAUGAGAAUUCAGAUUAGUUAUUUUUGUGCUGAUAGAUCAUCAACAGAUGUUGAAAGUGUUUUACUUCCGAAGGAAAAUAGGCAGGAAGGUUCUAACUCCAAGAAUUUCUUUCAAAUUAUAGUUGAAAGAAAAACAAACCUGAAGAGUCUUCCUUUUACUUUAAUUUCAAAGAAAGUAUAAAGGCAAAUGAAAACAUUUCGUAUAUUCUUCAUUACUGUGUAUUGUUUUAUUAAUACAUUUGAAAACACAUACCUAGUAAAUAAAAUAGUUCUGACAGUCAAGCUCAGAAAUUGCAAAGAUAUUUUUAUCUUAGUUGUGAAAAUAUUUCAAACACUGCAUGAACUUAACAGUUUAGAAAACAAGUAAUAGGAAUAAACAACUCGUUAGUGUAUAAAUAAAAAAAUGGCAUUUUAUGAUGUUAACCUUUUUAGAUGUAAUAUUGAUCUGUGUUUGUGUGUGGUUAUCAGAAUGCUGUAAAGAGACAUAACAAGUAUAUGUAGUUGUGCUGAUUUAUGACGUAUGACAGUAAUAAGAGAUUUUAGAUUUUAUUUGUUUUACCCCUGCUUUAUUAUAAUAUUAAGUUUAAACUAACUAGU